AUGUUUAACCGUGACCAACUUAAACUCAAAAGGAAUUUUACAAGACAAUCCCGAAGAAUCAGCGAAAUACAUCACGAGCAUCUUUCCUACGAUUUAGAUAAAGACCAUGACCUUUUAACACAAUUUCAAACCUUCAAGCGAAAAUAUAGAUCAAAACAAAACUCCCCGUAUCAUUCAGAAUACUCAUACCCAUCAAGCCCUAAAAAAAGAGACGCUGCAAGCUCAUUAGAAAUCAAAUCUAAGGAGACAAACCCUAAGGCUGAAUCCCCUACCUUUGAUUUCACAAAUGUCUUAAAAGCAGCCCGAUAUAUUGAGAUGAUCCCGCCUGACCGAAGCAUUACUCAAUUUGUAAGCCAAGAUAAGAGCAACAACAGACUCUACAGAGGUGCAAGAAUAAUUUACUUAACUUAACUUAUUAUCUGGUAUUUAAGGUGUCUAGUGCCGCAUUCCUAUGGGGAAAUAUGGCUAAACUAGUGACAUCACGAAGCCAUCAUGGAAUCGCGGUGGUCAGCGCAACCGGCCAAGCCUUCUAUCAACGCUAGUCUCCAGUUGCCUGCACAUCUCACUGCACGAAUAAUUUACAAGCACCAAAAAGAAGAAGACUCAUUAGUUUACAAAUACGCAGAUUUGGUUAGUAAUAAAAAAGAAAUUCAAAUCGAAAACGAUCUCAUAUUAAAAGAAAAAAGCGAAUGCAAUGCGUUAAUUGACUCGUUAAAGUAUAUGAAAGAUUUAAAGUUUGUUUUGGAGCUGAAUUUUGAGAUCGCAAGAGGAAAUGAAGCAGUAAGAGAAAACGGAGCAUUAGGGGAUUUUUUUAAGCUGGAAGAAGAAUUAAAAAACUAUCAAUCUCUUGCUAUGAAAAAUGUAUAUAAUUAUUCGUAUAACGAUUUUAUAGAGAAACUAAAAGAAUACAGCAGGAUCUUAAGAGAUAUUUUGAGAUCAGUCAAGAGCAAAGGAAGAGAUAAUGAAGCCGUACUAAUUGAAAUGCUAUGAAGAACACUUGUUAAAUUAUAUGAUUCUUCAUUAGUUAUUCAUGAAUUCCAUAUAAAUCAAGUCGUAGAAAGCGCAAAACUUAAAGUAAAAGAAGUACUAGAAGACUCGAGACAGAAAAUUAAGGCACUUGAAGAGAAGCUGCAAGAUACCAAACAAAGGCUGGAAGGAGAAAUCCAGAAAAAUAAAGAUUAUAUUAAAACACUGACUUUACAUAAUAGCGAACUUGAAAGAGAACUCAUUAAUCUUAACUUAACUUAACUUAACUGUCUGUGCUUAAGGUGUCUAGUGCCGCACCCCAUAAAAAUGGAGUUAUAGCGAAAAUUGAUGACGUCGCCGGGCCAUCUUGGAAUUGCGAUGGUUAGCCCACCGGCCAAGCCUUUACCUGCACUUCGCCCUUCUUCGCCGCACGUCUCACCCGGCGCGCGUUGCCGUCGCCCUUGCCUCGACUCAGCUCCUGCGCAUGUUCCGCCUGAGGGUCAUCCUCCCUUGGGGAUGUGCUGAGAGGUAAAACUCCGAAAUCUUGAGCGCACUGAGGAGCUGUUCCUUUGGUUAUCCCCAAAGUUAAACAGCUAUUGCUGUGCAGAAGUUCUCGAGAGAGAAACCCAACCCCAUAAAUAAAAUUCCAUGAGGGAGAGAAAAUUAGCAAAGCUAAUUUCUCUCGAACCGAAUGCCAUUUUAUUUAUGAGAACUCAUUAAUCAAAAUCACAAAAUUAAAGACUUAACAGAAAUGGACUCAAGGGAUCUUUCUUGUGUAGAAAUGUCAAAAAUUUUCCAAAAACUGAACCAGUAUAUAUCAGAAUCUGAGGACCAGCAAAAAAAGCAGGUCGAAACCCUUGUGAAUUUAUCACAAGUAAUCAGCCUGGCUGAAGAAUUUGAUAAAAAACCUAUUUUAGUUGAUAUCGAGAUACAAACCCAAGAAGUCAUUCAAGAAGCAGAAACAAAAGAAAAACCGAACAAUUUCCUAACCCCAAGCCCAAUGCCGAAAGAAGAAAACGAGUGUUUAUUAAUUUCCUUAUCAUUAUAA